AUGAGUGAUAGUUCAGAUCAACAACAACAACAAUUAGAACAAUUAAAAUUAGAAACUUCACAACAACCAACAAAUGAUAAAUUAUGGACCGAUCAAGGAAUUAAUGAAAAUAUUGUACAAAAAAUUCGUUUAUGUAUUGAAAAUGGUAAAUUAACUUCAUCUGAUAUUGAUAGUCGUGUAUGUGAACAAUUACGUUCAUUUCCCAAUGAUACAACAAGCAUUGAUUCAUUAUUUACUGAAUUUAAUGGUUCGGAUUUAACUGGUGUUGUUAAUAAAAGUGCUUUUUUAUGUAAUUUAAUUAAACAAUGGAAAAUUCGUCAUCCACAAGAACAGAAAUCUACAAAUAAUAAUUCACAAUCAGUACAAGGUGAAGAUGAUAAUGGAAGUACCUCGGGUAAACAUAAACCGGGUCCGGAUGAAGCUAAACUUAAACAAAUUAUGGAUCGAACAGGAUAUAAAAUGGAUAUAACUGCUGGUCAACGUAAAUAUGGUGGUCCACCACCUGAUGGUCCUGAACGACCAGCUGCAAAUAGUGAAGUUUUUGUUGGUAAAAUUCCACGUGAAGUAUUUGAAGAUGAACUCAUUCCAAUAUGUGAAGAAGCUGGAAAAAUUUGGGAUUUACGUUUAAUGAUUGAUCCAGUAUCCGGUUUUAAUAAAGGUUAUUGUUUUGUUACAUAUUGUUCUGCAAAUGAUUCCGUUAAAGCAUGUGAACGACUUAAUGGUUAUGCUAUCCGUCCAGGAAAACUUUUAAAAGCAAAUGGUAGUGUUGCUAAUCUUCGUUUAUUUAUUGGUAAUAUACCGAAAACAAAGUCAAAAGAAGAAAUUCGUGAGGAAUUAUCGAAAGUUGUUGAGGGUGUAUCAAAUGUGAUUAUCUAUACACCAGCUGAUGAAGCUGAUAAGAAAAAAAAUCGUGGAUUUUGUUUUGUGGAUUUCGAUACACAUAAAAAUGCGUCUGUAGCAAAAAGAAAAUUAGGAAAUGCUCGUGUUCGAGUAUUUAAUCGUGAUAUUGCUGUUGAUUGGGCUGAUCCAGAUGAAGAACCUGAUGAUGACACCAUGUCACAGGUUAAAGUUUUAUAUGUACGAAAUUUAACAUCCGAUGUAGGAGAAAAUGAUGUUAAAGAUGUAUUUUUACCGUAUGGAAAUAUUGAACGUGUACGAAAAGUUCGAGAUUAUGCAUUUGUUCAUUUUGACAAACGUGAAGAUGCAUUAAAUGCAAUGCGUGCACUUAAUGGAAAAAGUCUUGGCCGUAAUACAAUGGAAAUAAGUUUAGCUAAACCGUUGAGUGAUAAGCGUAAACAAGCUCAAUCUAAACGAGGAAAUAGUAGUGCACCAGUAUCAAGUGGUUUUGGAAAGAGUUCACAACGUAAUAUGAAUCCACCCGACGAUUCAUUCAGUUCUAAUCGAUUUGGAGCUUUUGCUGGACAUGUUCCAAUGGAUAGUGGUCCAAUGCGAGGAGGAUCAUCGAAUCGCGGUACUGGUGGUCGUGGUGGCGGUCACUCAGGUAGUGAUCGAGGUGGAUACGGAAAUAAUCGAGGUGGUGGAUUUAAUUCAGGUAAUCGUGGUGGUGGUGGUAAUUUUAAUCAAAGCAAUCGUGGCGGUUUUAAUAAUAAUAACAAUUUCCGUGGAGGUUUUGAUGGACCAUCACAAUAUAAUAAUCCUGGUGGAUUUAAUAGUGGUCCUAAUAAUCCAGGUGAUUUUGGCGCAUUUAAUGGUCCACCACAAAAUAAUAAUAAUGCUCCGUAUGGCCGAAUGGGUAUGAAUAAUAGUGGAUUUGGUAUGAAUCCAAUGCAACAAAAUCGACAAUAUGGAGGUAUGAAACGACCUUCAAAUCAAAUGAAUGAUGGUAUGAUGUCUAAACGUGGUCGUCCUGAUACUGGAUCAUGGGGUUCGAUGGGUGGCGAUGGUAAUGAUGGUUCAAAUAAUAUGAAUAAAGGCGGUUCACAACAAAAUACCCGUGGUAAUUGGUAUCAAGAUCAAGGUUACAAUUCACAGCAACAAUCCAGUUAUAGCUGGAACUGA